CACUACUCACCAGUACGCGGUGCGUAAAGUGAGGGAAAAGAGUGAGAAGAAGGAGAAAAGAGGAAAAAAAAAAAAAAAAGCAGAAGGGGAGCAGAGGCCCGUGGUGCUCUCUGUGCAAAUGGACAACAAGGAUUUAUAAUCAAUUACCCUGGGGAACGCACAGACACCGCAGUCCAUGCCUCUGCCUUGCCAGGUCAUUGAUGGGAAACCAACUGGAUCGGAUUACCCACCUGAACUACAGCGAGCUGCCCACGGGGGAUCCGUCCGGGCUGGAGAAGGACGAGCUUCGGGUCGGCGUCGCCUACUUCUUCUCUGACGAAGAGGAGGAGGUGGACGAGCGCACUCCGUCCGACUGCGGCUUCAGCAAGGACCACAGCCCGGAGGAGGGACCCUUCUCCCUCAGCGAGCUGGAGUACUCCGCCUUCUGCUCCCAGGAAUGCAUCUUCUCCAAGCUGCGGGAAAACGAGGACUUGAACGUGUACUCGGCCAAAAGUUUGCUGACAAUGUGCAAACCGGGGGACCUGCUGGAGCUGGUGGACGCGGCGCAGGCUCCCCACUGGGCCAUCUACGAGCACGACGACCGGGUCAUCCAUCUGCACAAGGGAGAAAUCCGCAAGGACGGCCUGCUCGAAGUCAGCGACGGCCGACACGGGAGGAUAGUCAACAAUCGCUACAGAUUUAGACCGCUGCCCCCCGACCUGGUGAUGCAGAACGCGGUGGGACACCUGGGCCUGAGAAGCGAGGAGAUUUGCUGGACCAAUUCGGAAAGUUUCGCAGCCUGGUGCCGCUUUGGGAAGCGAGAGUUCAAAGCUGGCGGAGAGGCGCACUCGGCGGAGCAGCAGUACUUCCUCAAAGUGCAUGUGUCCGGCAGCGGCGUGCACACGCUGGUGUUCCGCAGCCUGGAGGACAUGAUCCGGGAGAGAAGGCGGGUGGACGCCAGUGGGAUUCUCAAAGAGCUGUCUUUGGUUAACGGGGUGAAGGAGUGAUCAGGGAUUCCGUUUGAUAUCAUCUCCUCCAUGCACCAGCUCAGCCUAUAACCCUCCCCGCCUCCCGACACCGACCGAGGCGCACGGACGCACGGACGCACACUCUCCAGCGCGCACCAACGACCUCGCACACACGCACACAAGCACACACAUGCGAAAGGGACCUGUUGGUGUGAGACUGGCUGCUUUUGCAUCCACGCUGGAUGAACCGCAGCACUCGUGGUGGGAUUUACAGCAGGAUUGAGGGUUGAAAAAUGAGUGCGGCCACAUGAACAGACAACGCCCCGUCAGAUAUGAGUUCCUGCAGAGAGGGGAGGGUGGGGGGGUACGCGAUUUCUAAUAAAUCCAUUGGCCUGAUAAGCAAAUUACUUUGCCAGCCGUCACAUAGCGCACACGACUCGGUUUGGUUUCUUUUUGAUUUGUUGGUGAGGAUGGAAGUGGCCCCUUCUCUGCAUAGCGCGCCUGCCGCAGCAACCGACGGUGAGACCGGGAGAGGGGGGUGCGGGAUAGGAUCUGGGAUGGCUCUCGGAAGUCUCCCUUCUAUUUUUUUACUGUUAGCUUUAAGACCGGGACAACCUGCAACACAGAUCCAAGCCACUAUUUCAUAGACCUCUUGACAGUCCCAGCUGGCAUACGCAGUUGCCUAAACAGAAGCAUCUUUGCUUGACCAAGCUCCUCUUGCCAUAUCAAGACUAUUGUCAUUUCCACAAUGCUGUCAUCUUGAUCCACAGCACUGGAUGUAUGUGUAAAUUGUAUUCAUACAUUGAUUUAAAUUCGAGUCCCUUAUUUUUGUAUUUAAUUUUAGUGGAUUUAACCCUGAUCUCUCUUUUUGGUUCAAAUAAAUGGAGGUUAAAAUCUGAAAAAUAAGAACCACAUUGUCUAUCAGGUCUUGUUUGGUUGCACUCAUGGUGCCUUACUUUCACUCACUCACACACACACAAAGGGUUCUAUUAAUUAUUGAUGUUUGAAUGGCUCCUGACCUGCCUCGAGCCCAGCAGAAUUCAAUUAUCAUUGCAGUAUUUGGCCAUAAACUUGUCAUCUGCAUAGAACAUAUACAGGAUUUAUGAAAGAAUCCAUAUGUGAUCUGGCACCUUUAUAGAGUUAAUUGGAAAAUGCAGUGUUUGGUCACAUCAUAUCUUGUUAGAGAUCCUCAAUUCAUCUUCUCAUCUUUCUGUCUGAUUGCAUGUUUUUGCAGCCUCACAGCAACGUGAAGUCAUCUAUAUAACUCUUAUCAAGAAACAUACUGGCCCCCAUGUUGUUGUCCUCUGCUGCUGCUUUAUCUCAGGAUCGAUCCUCUUCCACGAGGGUCAGGCGAUUGCUUUUUUUUUCAUGGCUCUGUGAUCAGCUGCAUGAGUUAGGGUUGGAUCAAUCAUCUCAUCAGGCACUUGUUUUUCCAUCUUAUGUUUCCUUACUCUAGCAUAAUUGAAUCUAAAAUUACACACAAAAAAGAAGCAGACAUGUGCAGAUGUUCUGCUUACGUUGAGCUCAUUGGUAUGGGUUGUGUGUAUAAAUGAAUGAUAAUUGAGUAUGAUAGUGGGGAUGACCUUCACGUAUGAAUAAUUUUAGCUUCAUGAAUAAGAGAGGCUGUUGUUUUGGUCAAAGCCAGCAGAGGUAAAUCAGCAUAUGUGUUUGAGUUGUGUAUCCCCAAUAGACUUGAUUUAGCUGGUUGCACUGACAUGACCAAUCUUUACGUCUUGUUUGUCUGUCUGUAGCUUUGCAGAUGGUGCAGUCUCACUACAGUAAAGGUUUAUGUCAAAAAAAAAAAAAGAAAGUCCUUUUGUUAAAGUGCCUUGAGACUAUUUUCUCCAGCUAUUGAGUUAAAUACUUAAUUGUACUGGCUUUUUUCGGACAAUAGUCAAAUUUCGCUGCUCAAACACAUUAUUUUCUCCUGUCCCAUAUAUCUUUUACCUGUGUGUGUCAUAGGAGCAAAUUUUUUGAAUCCACAUUUAUAUAAAAAUGCAAUUUAAAAGUAAACAAAUGUGGAAAAUGAAGUGUUUGUAGAGGUAUUCAAAUAGAAAUAGACUUGACUUCACAAUGAUGCCUUCUGUAGCCAAAAUAUGGAAUCCUGAUGGAUUCAGGUAAACUAUUUUACUUCUGUUUUAUUCAUUUGCUCUCAUGAUUGUUGUGCCUGUUCAGUACAUUUUAAACAACCUGUGUGUGUCACACAUCCCUUGAGAGUUUGCAAAAUCAGGGUACUAGGGCAGCAAAUGUCACACUUUUUGCUUGUGGUCUGUGACUAAUAGGACACAGAGAAAGGUGUGUGUGUGUGUGUGUGUGUGUGUGUGUGUGUGUGUGUGUGUGUGUGUGUGUGUGUGUGUGUGUGUGUGUGUGUGUGUGUGUGUGUGUGUGUGUGUGUGUGUGUGUGUGUGUGUGUGUGUGUGUGUGUGUGUGAGAGAGUGCUUCAGGCAGACGAUGCACACCAUAAAGUCAGUUUUAGGCUUUUGCCAUCUGAAAUGUCAGUGUGUGUGUGUGCAAGUGCUCUGGCUUCAGCUCUGUGUAUCAUGUGUGUGUUUGUAUGUGAAGAGAGAAAUCCAGUUAACAGAGCUGUUAGUGUCAAAUUGUUGGUGUGAGCGCAGGCUACUUUGUGUGUGUAUAUCCGUGUGCCAUAUGCUCUUGUGCAAGUACUGUAUCGUCAAGAAAAUCUGUAUCUUUGCAUUCAUCAGCAACAGUGUGAAAGUAAAUGCUGUUGCUAGGGAAACUCCAGACCUUAGCGUACUGUACAUCUGCCGAGGUCUUGUACCUGCAUGCCUCUGUGUGUGUGACUCUGCAAACAAUCCACACCUUAAAGCUAGCUGAUAGCCUUAAUAGCUCGUCAUGUAAGACUAACACAUGGCAUCUAAAUCUUACACACACACAUCCACUGACUCCCGAGGGAUUGGCUAUUGUUCCUCUGGCAUGGAUUUAUUCGAUUCCCCCAGAAGUUUGUUUUCUGUGUGCAUUCGUGUGUGUGCGUGCAUUUGGACAAAGUGGAUCCCAGCUAGCCUGUUGCCAGCUAAAUCAGUGGUCUCAGAGGAGAUGUUCUGGGGAGGAGGGAUAAGAGAGAAUAUUGUGUUUGCACGACGCCUUCACGAGGAUCUCCCUCUAAUCGAAAUGUGGGUCUGGACUCCCAGUAGACUUGAGCAUGUUUUCUUUUUCUCAGUCUGUGUUCUCAAGGAUGAACAUUUAGUCCAAAACAACAACACUUCCACUGUUGUAGAUGAGGUUGUUAAUGGUUUACAUGUUUUGAUAAUGUCGGUAACAGCGCUUACAAUCCGAUAUAAAAUAGUUUCACAUCAGAUGACGUUUUGCUGCGUUUGAACUCAAAUUUACACAGGAACUGACAUUUAAAUCUUUGUAAAAAUUUUGUGUAUCUUUCAUUGUUGGUGUUUGAUCAUUUCUUUUUACAACAGUGAUUCCCAAACUCAGGACCAUUGUCUCAAGUUCUUUCACCCAUAAAAGCUUAAGACUAUUGCUUUUCUUUUUUCUUAUUGUGAGUAAAUGGCUUAAAUUAUAAAACCUAAGUAUAAUGUUAUCCAGUCUGUUUAACCAUACACAUCGCUUUACAAAAAGAGGUGACAUGUUACUUAAUUAUGAUGAACGUGGGUUUUCUAGUUUACGCUGAGUGGAUCUGAUGUUCAUCCUCCUGCUGCUAUUAAUAUUCAUUUGUUCAUGCGCCUUUCACUUUCUUGUUCUGCCUAUGUGGAUCUUUUUGUAAAGUGGCAUACAAAAUUUCCAUCAAAGACGCUUUCCAGCAUUUUGGCAUGAUUAGUGGAAUAUUUUGUCCAAUUUUGGAUAAAAAAAAAAAGGAACGCAACAACAUGCAAAUGACUGUUCUGCCAAAGGGAUUUGAACUCUCUGAUAACAUCUUUCAAGGUCUCAGAGAGUCUUCAUUAGCUUGUAAAAUUUGUGGUUUAUUUAAUCAUUAGAGAAAGAAAGACUAAGGGAUGUUGGUUUCAGAGGUUUAUACAUACUGACUACCAGUCUGCAGCUAUGGGCUAAUUCAAACAGCUGCCUCGCACUCUUAAAAUUAAAAUAAUCAAUCUGCUCUCAAAGCAAGAAAAGCCUGUACGAAAAUGACAAAUUAUCCAAGAUAGCCAUUUCCUCAUCUCAUAACGCUGAUAAAUGACAGCAGGGAUGUGAAAGUCAAGCUGAAGUCUGGAAGACCAACAAUACUUUCUGAGAGUUGCCGGAAGGACAAAUCUAAAGCUUUCUUUGACCUUCAGGGAGAUUUAGCAGACAUUAAAGUGGUGGUGUGUUGUCUUGCUGUGCAGUGAUUGCUGGCAUGGAAAAAUCAGGAGUAAACCUUUCCUAAGGUUUGCUUAAGUGUUAAUGUGUUGUAAUAAUAAUGUGCUUGCACAAAUAACCUCGGGGCCUGGAGCUCAGCCAUUGUGAGGGCAUGCCAUUUUAAUGCCUUGACCAGGACUAAGAGCUGAAAUCCAACAUGUGUAAAAACUGAUAAAGCAAAAUAAAUGUGUCAGGAAACCUUAAGAUAAUGCCAGGAUUACAUGAACUAGAGUGUUUGCAUGAGUAACAAAUUCAAAAGAAGGCUGCUUUGUCCUGCUUUGUUUUUAAUAUAAACUGUGAGGCACACAAACAUUAUCAGACUAAACUUCAGCCGUUCAACCGUUCCUCCAACAGCUAAACAACAGGUGUCCUAUUGAACAGUGCAACCAUUAACUGAUUGAGCCGCACCCAGCUUUAGGUGCCAACUGACAUGCAAAUAAACACUGUUGCACCUUUUUGCUUUUAAACAAAUUCGACUUGUAUUUUUUUUCUCCUUUAACAAGGAGGAUGUUUUAUCAUAAAGCUUGGAUUUAAUUUUAUAGAUUUGAUGGAGGUAAGGGAGAAGUAUUUGGACCCUUUGCAUUAUUUAAGUGAAAGCAGCAAUAACACAUUUUCAAACCAAUGUUGAAUGAAAUUCCUCCAGUCAAAUGUAAUUAUUAAUGUAAAAAACAUCUGUGGAAAAAAAUGCAUUUCAAAUCAAAACUGAAGUUUUCAGUAUGCUUAAUGGCUCCCUGCAGAACUUUAAUGCAUCAUAAUACCAUUUUAUUAUUACUUUGGCUGCAUACUGUACAUAAAUGAUUUGUUUCGCAUUAAUUCUGGUUUCAAAUGGAGUUUAUUUCAACUGUGGCUUAAUACUCUGAGAUUAAUGAUACAGAAAGGUAUCUUUUCGGAUCAGACACAAGAAUGCAGAUCAUAUGACCAAAAAAAAAAUAAGUACAAUCCCUCCAAAAUGUAGUCAAGAAAUGAAGGUACUCAUGUAAAGUAGACCCUCUGAACUGUAUUUUUUUGGGAUUUGCUGAAUUUUGCAUGGACCAUCUGCUUUUGUUCAAAUCAACUGGUGUUUGAACAGCUUAACUAAGUUUUAAGUUCUGCGCAGAGGAAUCUGUUUUGAUAAAGUCAUAAACAAGAGAGGUAAAAUAACAGUUUCAGGUGAUAAAAUCCAACAGUGCCACUUCCUACACUUCAUAAAUUUUCUAUUCUAAGGGCAGGUGCUCCAGUGUUUCACUGUGCUUCACUGAAUUUAAGAACUGAAUGGCCUCGGGGUAUUUUCUCUGCCGCUUGCUGCAGCUGCGUGGCCCUCUCUCCCCGGUGCUCCCCACCCAUCUCUGUGAGGAGGCAGUGGCUGCUAAAUGUCAGCAGAAAAAUUGUCACCGACCGCUUAUGUUUCAUUCAUUUGGUGCCACAGCUUCCCCAGUAUGUUAACUCUUAAUGCCAAAUAUGAAGAUCUGCUUUUAUGUGUAAACAAAGACUCUGCCACUGGGGGACUCAGAUGAUGAUGUUGAUGAUGACAUUUAUGGUGAAAUCGGAUGAGUCUGAAAGUUACACCUGGCUUCACGAGGCAUUUAUUGCUCCUUAGAUAGCACAAGGUCUCAUUCGCAAACAUUCUGUUAAUGUCUUACCACAUUUGCUGUUCGGUCUUUUAUCAUUCUAAAUGUGUUAUUGCGUAAUUACUACACCCUAAUUGUCCAAAGUGUAUUUGUACAAAAUAAUGAGCCAUCUGAUGGUGAUAAAACAUUCAUGCAAACUGAAUUUCUCUGAAUACCCCCUCACCAGGAGAGUGGAGUUAUGCACAUCAGUAAUGAUCGUGAUUCACUUUGUCUUCUCCUGCAGAAGUCACAGGUUUGCAGGGAUUCAGAGUGCAGCUCAGAAAUAAAAAAGGGACUUGACCCUGGCUUCAAUGGUAAACGGACAAACGCUGUACCAGUCAGUCUACCGAGCAGACCUUCCUGUUUUUUUUUUAUACGUGUGCAGUGCCAUCCCACCCUUUGCCUUUUAGCAAGCGAGAAGAGAAAUUGGCCUCAUGCUGUGGCCCAGUGCAUUCGGAGUUUGAUUAAUGAAAGACCUAACAUAGCCCCAUCUUUCCAUCUCUGUGCUUUUACUCCCUCUUAAAAAGUCACAGCAAAAGGUUACUGUAAAUGCCAUUAUGAGCGUUUCACAACCUCCCUUCCGCCAAAUGUCAUUCUUUGAACAUUUUAUACUCUGCAUUUCCUUUUUAAAGAUUUAUAUUUUCAUAAUUCAUAAUGUCCUUCCUCCGGUGUAUUUUACAGUUGUGUACCAUGAAAUAAUCUCCACAGUUAACUAUUUUAGAAGAAAAAGCUGGAAUGGAAAUCCUUUUAUUUUUUUUAUCCCCCACCCCAUCCAUAUCCUGUGAUAAUCGCUUUCAUUAUGUCCUACAAAAAGAAUUACAUCUUAAAAGCAGGCAUACUGUAUGGUCUUUUCACAGUCAGUGUGUGUCCAGAUAAGGCCACUUAAGUGACGCAAGGUUGGCAAUAGACAGAGGUUCCUGCUGGCCGACAGCGUGUGCUGCACGUUUAAAACCAUCGCUCAAUCUUAAUGUAUCAGACUGAGUAAUAAAAGGCAAUCUCAGUUUUCUUUAAGAUUUUUUUUUCCCCUCAUCUCUCAGGGUCUAAAUCAUUGAAAGGGCUUACGACGUGUUUGGAAUCGGUUAGAUGUUGAGCAAAAACUCUCUUCAAAGGGAUAGCAAAAGUGCUGCAAUGUAGUUAACUUGAGUGACUUUACAAAAAAGCUUAAUUGUUGGUGUUUGCAUGUGACUGAAUGCACUUCACAAAGCUUUCACUGCUUUCAGGGGACAUGGACAAGGUGAAGUCGAGCCAUGCUGUGACACAAAUUGGCAUAAAUGAAGCACUGUCUCUUGCAGACCAUUGUCUUUGUUGUGCCUACUUGCCAAUCAAACAAGAAAACUGUAUGACGCACUGUAACUUUCUUCUGAAGAUAUGAGCUGUACCGAGAGUUGAGCUGGUAUCUGCACACUCUAAAGCGUGGGAACAUAAUAAGAGCAAUCAUUUCAUUACAUACUGUAUGCUGACGAUUACAUCUGGAUUACAAUAUACAGUAGCAUUUCUGUUGUUGCUAGUAAUGGUUGUUUGGUUCAGUAUUGAAGCAAUGCCAAACAUUUGUACAUUUGUGUACAUUUUUGUAAAGAAAACAUUGGUAAACAUCUGUGCAGGAUUUGGAAGAAGUAAAA